AUGGUGCGGCGCAAGGGCCGCCUUAUGAAGGCGCUGCGCGGCGCGAAGGCGAGGCACCCUUGGCGGCCGGAUGCGCCAGUCCGACGAGCAUACGCUCGCGGAUCGAAGCGAGGCCUCGAUGACAAGCGGCAGGACGCGGCGGCAAUCGCGGAGCUCGACGAAGCUGCCCUGGCGAGGGGGGCCCGGGCCUCGCAUCGCUCUCGCUGGGCCCGGUGGCGGGCGCGGUGCGCAGCUCGGGGCAUUCCGCCGCUCCCGGUCAAUCCAGACACCCUCGCGUUGGCUGCGGCCCUGCUGUUGCGUGGGCAGUACCGCAGUGGUGUUUUGUAUUUGUCGUGCAUCAAGCGGCAGCACGUCAAGGCUGGGCACGAGUGGUCGGGGCAAAUGGCGCAGAUCUUCGGCGACGCUAAACGGGCCAUCCUUCGUGGACUCGGCCCCGCCAAGAGGGCAGAGCCGCUGCCGCUGGAGCAGUACGUAUCCGACGAUUUCAAGGCUAACGUCGCUGUUGCAGCGAGGCCGGAGUGGCCUGCUGCGGGCGUGGACGCAGCCGUGGUUGCGUGCGCAUGGCUGCUCCGCGAAGUGGAGAGCAGCUCGGCCUUCCUCAGGUCAGUGGAGCUCUUCGAGGCCGAGGGGGAGGAGGACGGUCCGUGCGGUUGGGCCACUUGGCAUCUACCUGCCUCAAAGGCUGACCCGGCAGCCCUCGGUAAGUCACGCUCGCUGGGCUGUGCGUGCCCGUCUCGACUCUGCCCCGCGCGCGCCCUCCGGAGAGUUGUCGACGUAUCCCGGAGGCAUCGGGAUACGCAGUGUCGAGCUGAUUCCACCGAAGCCCACAACUGGCCGCUCCUCGUGGACACGUUCGGCAGGCCGCUCACAAAGGCAUCGGUCGUGGCAUUCUACAAGGGGCUCACAGAGGCGGUCGGAGGGCGCAUUGAGCAUGUGUCGGGCCACUCUGCGAGAGUGACGGGUGCGCAGCGCAUGGCCGAAGCCGGACAUUCUCUUGCAGUGAUUCAGCUGUUUGGCAGGUGGGGCUCAGCGGCGGUUCAGGCCGUUUCGGAGGAUGUUGUGGAGCGCAUCGCAGCCACUGUCCUUUCAAGGCUCAGGGACCCCGCCGGCUCGGACAAGGAGCAGUUCGAGGCCCUUGUUCGGAUCGUCGACGAGAAGUGCGACCAGGUGAGAGACGACGUGGCCGUCAUCACGGGCACCAAGCAGCCGGAGUACGUCGCUUGCAACGGUGGGCAGUUCCACAUGGUGUUCUCUCCCCAGCGGACCUUCUGCGGAUGGUCAUGGAGCAUCUCCGACUACGAGCCUAUCCUCAAGGAGCAGUGGGACAGUGCGCCCUGUGCAGGCGCUGUGUCUCGCAAGUGCGCGAAGUGCAAUAGGCGGCGAAGCGCGGGCGGACGGCGGCGGGCGCAGAGCCGGCGGGGCGAGGCGAGAGCGGGCGGCCACGCGGGCGCGACCGAGGCAGGGCCGCGGGCGGGGAGCGGCGGGCGCCAGCAGCCAGCAGCCAGCGGGUGCGGCUAUUACGGGGGCUCCAGGUACGGGCUCGGGCACUGGGGGUACGGCGUCGGCGGCGGCAGGCUCACCCCGAAGGAGCGCAAGGCCCGGCGGGCGUGGGCACAGUGGUCGGCUGAGCGAGCCAUCCACCGCCUAACCCGCGAGGACAAGAGCAAGAAAGACUUCGUGCUGAGGUUAUGUAUCGCAGGCCUGUCCGCCACGGCCGCCAUGGCCAUGUACAGCAACGUCGAAGCCUUGCUGACUGGAGAGGUGGUCGACGACACUCUGAUAUCAGGGGUGAUGGACGCGCGGUGGCGGAUACUUGCAGCCUUGCUGUACGAACGUACGUGGGGCUUGACCCGGGCUUUCAAGCUGAUGUUCCCGCUGUGGAUGUUCUGCGUCGGCGUGUUCGUUGCGGUGACGUCGCGCCCUCUCGAUUCGGUGCACCUGUUCGGCAUCCUGAUGCUGGACUUCGUGGCCGUCAUGCAGUCCGACGAGGACGAGCUGGCUCUGCAGGGCGUGUCCGCGGCACUGUUCUCUGGGUAUGUGGUGUACAUCUCGGCGCUCAACAAUUUCGACCUGGAGGAAGCAGAGGGCCUCCUGCGGGCGGACAGAGAGGAUGCGGAGGAGCUCCCGAUCCGCAAGCAGCUGAGGGGCCAUGGCGACGAGUCGACAGAGUCAGUGGGCUUCGCUUGCGAUCCGAUUGGUCUCUACGCGUGGUUCAACAGCCUCGUGCUGAUGCGCUCGAAGAAAUUCUCCUUCGGUGAGCGCGUCAUCCUGCCCGGGCAGCGGCCCGAGGGCUGCUUCGUCCUCACCUCUGGCCGGUGCGUGGUCCGCAGCGGGCGCGCGGACAUCUCCGCGCCGCUGUGCAAGCUGAGGGCGGGGGACUACUUCGGACAGGGGGCACUGAUGGACCCGCUGCUGCCGUGCAGAUACGCGUCCCAGGUGACGAUCGAGGUCGAUAGCACGGUCGCUCACUUCGGCGUCCUGCUCCCGAAGCCGACGACGGCACUGCCAGAGAGCGUCUGCAAGGAGAUCCACGAGCUGCUCCGGGACGCGGAGGCCACGGACGUCAUCCUGAACGACGGAAGCGGGGCGUUUCGAGCGGAGACGCGGUGGAGGCGGCAGAAGGGGCGCGCCAUGGCGGAGGCCUUCCGCUGCUCCCGCACGGCGGCGGCCGAGGGCCUUCGCGCGGAGGAGCGGGAGCACAACGCCCUGGCCCGGUGGCGACGCUUCGGGCCGCCGCGCGCCCCCUCGGCGCCGCCGCGCGCCGGCCUGCCGGGGGUCGGGCCGCCGCCGGCGGGGCGCGCGGCCCGGCCGGCCUCGGGCAGCGGGUGCGGCUUCGGCGGCGCGGCGCCCGGCGCGAGGGUCCUCCGCAGAGGGGAGCGCCCCGCGCCCGUCGACGCAAGCAGGCUCGCCAGGUGCUCAUCGUGGACUUGA